CUUCAACCAAACACAAACCUAAAAAACACACAACACAAAAAAUCUCUCUUCUUACUUUCUUCCUCCAUUUCCCUCAUCAUAGUUUCUUCUGUUACUUUCUUCUAAUUCUUUCAAGUUUAGUUCAAGAUGGUUGUAGAUCCGGUAGUUAUUCCAAAGUUGAGGAUGGAUGAACAAAGAGCUAUUCAAGAAGCUGCUUCUGCUGGAUUGAAAAGUAUGGAGCAACUAAUUCGUGUGCUUUCUUCUCAAACUUCUUCUUCUUCUUCUUCUUCAAAUCAACUUAACCAACUAGAUCUGGUCAAUAAACUUGAUUGUACUGAAAUUACUGAUUUCACUGUUUCUAAGUUUAAAACGGUUAUUAACUUGUUAAAUCGAACCGGUCACGCUCGUUUUCGUCGUGCACCUUCUUCUCCUCCUUGUUCUUCUUAUCAAUUUCAAUCUCAAUCUCAACCUGAGAAAUUCAAGACUCAACCACAGUCAACUACUCUUGAUUUUGCAAAACCGAUUCAAUUAGUUAAGUCAAAUCCAAAUCCCAAUCUCAAACCUAAAACUAAUCAAUCUACUGAUUUAUCUGUUUCUCAAUACUCCAAAUCAAAGGAAGCUUAUAGCAUCUCUACCACUACUUCUUCUUUCAUGUCCACCAUCACCGGAGAUGGAAGCGUUUCCGACGGUAAAAUAGGUCCUAUCAUUUCCUCUGGCAAGCCUCCUCUAGCUUCAUCUCACCGGAAAAGGUGUCACGAAGCCACAAUCUCUGGCAAAGUCUCAUCCUCCGGUCACUGCCAUUGCUCCAAGAGAAGGAAAUCUCGUGUGAAGAGAACAAUUCGUGUUCCGGCGAUAAGUUCAAAGGUCGCUGAUAUACCAUCAGACGAAUUUUCGUGGAGGAAAUACGGUCAAAAACCUAUUAAAGGUUCACCUUACCCACGUGGUUACUACAAGUGCAGUAGCUUCAAAGGAUGUCCGGCGAGGAAGCAUGUAGAAAGAGCACAAGACGAUCCCAAUAUGCUUGUUGUUACUUACGAGGGAGAGCACCGUCACGCACAAACCGUCGUAACUGGCGCCGGAUUCAUAUCUCAGCCUCUUUGAGCGACCGUGGUGAUCGGAAAAUAUACGGAAUCUAUUGUGGUGAAAAGUGAGAACCGGCCGUUUGUAUUUGAUGACGGAGUUAUGCUCUAACUGUAACGGUGACGGAGAAAAAACGGAGAUUCCAAGGAAGAAAGAGUAGGAAAGUCAACUUUUACUUUUGUGGACCGCAACGCAAUGAAUGAGUCGUCUACGAGUUGUGAUAAGGACUUUUGUGUAAAUCCGGCAAAACAAUUAUGAUGAAAUUAAAUUAUACAAGUUUUAUUUAUUUAUUUAUUGGUUGAA